CACAGCUCCUCCUCCAUGAGUCAACCUGCUCUCCUUCCUUAUGACCCUUCAGCAUUUUGACUGCUGCUGCCAUUUUUUCUCUGCUGCCUGUUUCCUUCACACAUCAGAAGCAAAAUGACGUCCGGAGUACAAGUCGCUGACCGAGUGAAAGACAUCUACAAAGAAAUGAAAGUAGUUAAAAGUGAUGCUGACCAAAAGGAACGUCUAAGAUUGGUGAUAUUUGAAAUCAAUGGCCGUUACAUUGAUGUGGAGGAGGGCAAAAUCUUCAGGGAAAAAGAUCUGGAAGACGUGGAUGAUGUCUUCAAGUUCUUCCUGAGUCACCUGGAUCCUAAACAGUGCCGCUACAUGCUGUAUGACUGCCACUUUGAGACCAAGGAAUCAAGUAAAAAAGAAGAACUGGUCUUCGUGAUGUGGGCUCCUGACACUGCAGCCAUCAAAGACAAAAUGAACUACGCUAGCUCAAAAGAUUCCCUCAAGAAGUCCCUGACAGGUAUCAAACAUGAGCUGCAGAUGAAUGACCUUGCGGAUUACGGCGACAGGGAUAAUUUCGCAGAAAAGAUGGGGAAAGGCGUUAUCAAAGUUGAGGGCCACCCUGUGAGACCUGUGUCAUAAACAAACCCCCUUUCGCUCUGCUUCACAAAAUAAAUUCAAAGAGGUUUAAGAGGACAAAAGCAGCAUUUCCAAAUUGAAAUUGUUUUUUUGGAUUGGUUUAACAAAGCUUAAAGGGAAUGGGUUGGGCUCUGGAUGGGAUUAGAUUCCUGUAACGUAAAACUCUGCCCUACUAAACUGUCUAGUCACACCAGUUUGGCUGUGAAAUCAGACUUGUUCAGAUGUAAAAUUAUUCAUUCUUUGUUCAUAGAUGAAUGAUACUAUUUCUGUCACUUGACUGAGUACAUUUAUAUUCCUCAAAUUAUUCACUCACUCUUUCUGUGUACAUACAAUAUUGUUUGAUUCCCUGCAUAUUCCAGUGUACACCAUUUAUAUUAUAUGGAUUGGUUAAUAAUGUCUUGCUAAUUGCAUACAACUCCUGUAAAAUAUCCCUAUAGACACCCUGCCAGAGUUUACUAGGUCAAAACGGAUAGGCCUGUUUGACAUAAAUCUGUUUUUCUAGACUGUUACACUUUGAUAUGCACCUAUAAAAAGAAAUAGUACUUUUACAAAGAAAAAAGUUUCACUGAAAUUGCAGCAGUCAAUGCAACGUUUUGUUAUUGCCAAAUAAAUUCAAUGAAACCAA